AUGUCGGCCACGAGCAGGCUGGUCGGGCAAUUUGGCAACAUGUCAAAAGCUACCGAUGAAGCCGGCCUCGGGCAUGUGCACAAUCUCUUGGAUGGAGAUGUCGCCAAUGCAAGCACCUCGGCUGGGCCGCAAAAUAAGCUCCAGCAUGUCGAAAGUGCCGUGCUUGAACACUGUGCGGGUACUGCAGCCGCCGUUCUUCCAGGGACGCUCGAGCGGCGGACGACAGUCUCGGGAACGGCCGUGGUAGAUCUUGGCGUGUCGACUGGGGCACCACAGCAGCUGGCGUCGGGGGUUCUGUACGGGAUCCCGGACGAGGCAAGCCAGAUACCCGACCAUUUCUACACCGACAUUGGCUUCAAGUAUUGCCGCGCUGGUGGCGCACAGCUACCAGGCCAAGGAUGGAGCGAGUCCGAGGCGGCGUACGAGACGCGGUUCCAGUCGGCGCUCAGCAACUACCAGACGACGCGCAAGUACGGCGGCACGUUUAUCCUGCUGCCGCACGAUAUCUGGGGCGCGGACGGGACGCAGGACUCGUCGUUUGUGUACCCCGGGGACGACGGAGACUGGAGCAGCUACGACCAGUUCCUGGCCCGUCUGAUUAGUGACCUCCGGGCCAACGACAUGCUGGAUGGCCUCGUAAUCGAUAUCUGGAAUGAGCCAGACCUGACGGGCUUCUGGAACCGGUCGCAGGCGCAGUAUCUAGACCUAUGGGGGAGAGCGAGCACAGCCUUUCGGGCGGGGCUGCCGAGCUGCACGAUCUCGGGCCCCUCGUUUGCAGGAUCACCCAGCACGACCAACUCGUGGUGGACGGCCUGGACGGCCUUUGUGGCCAGCAACGGCAGCGCACCGGGACAGUACAGCUGGCACAUGGAGGGCGGUGGGGGAGACAUGCAGUCGUCCGUGGCGGCCUACAAAAGCCUGCUCGUCGGCCAGGGCCUGGCGACCGAUCGGACGGUCAACAUCAACGAGUACGCCGUCUGGGGUGAAGAAGUGGCAGCCGGCAGCGCCUGGUGGAUCGCACAGCUGGAACGCGUCAAUGCCUAUGGGCUGCGCGGCAACUGGCUCUCGGCCUAUGCGCUGCACGACCUCCUGGCCAGCCUCGUGUCCAAGCCGGGUGCCGGCACGUCUGGAUACAGCUACACCCAGACAGGCUACUAUCCCACCGCCCAGUGGCUCGUGUACCGUUACUAUGCCCAGGACAUGGGCCAAGGCUCGCGGCGCCAAACCACGCCGACCGAUGACCUGCUGGGCGACGUCUUUGCCGUCGUCGGCGAGGACCACACCGUGCGCAUCCUCAUCGGUGCACGCGUGGCCUCGGGAACCUUCAACGUCGAGAUCCGCAACCUCUCGGCCAUCGGCCUGGCCACGGCCGGCUCGCUGCGCGUGCACGCAAUCGGCUUCACCAGCUCGACCGACCACUAUGCCGAGCUGGACGCGCCGGCUGAUCUCGGCUAUGUUAGCCAUUCAUACAGCGGCGACUCGCUAACCCUGCCGGUCUUCCAGACUGACGACAACACAGCGUACGCGUACGAGUUCAACACGACGGCCUGA